AAGUCACAAAAACAGCUUGCAAAAACUAAUUAUUUUGUUCCAAUAAUAAUAAUAGUCACUUGUCUGCUACAUGAAAAUAUUUAUUAAAAUAAUAUGCAAGAUUCUAUCCUUGCCGGUUAUAAUUGACUUAUAUUUUUAUAAGUUACUCAAACAAAUACUAGCCAUAUUUUCAUACGACAUUUUACGAAUUUGAUCUGAUCUGAUCCUGGUUUCAAAAAAUCUAAAUUCGUCAGUUUUUAUCUUUCUUUGGUUGUUCAUCAAAUCUUUGGCCCAUUUGAUCUUGUUUCUAUCAAACCCCCUUUUUUUUUAUUUGGGUUCAUUAAUAUAUUUCUUUACUAGAAAUCUUGAAUCUUUGAGCUUUGAUUUGUAACUAAAACAAAAAAGGGUGUGCGAAGAAUAUAUAUAGUUCGAGUUGCUGUUAAGCUCUUGCAGUUAUAUAGCUUAAGUGGGUUUCUGUUGUGGUUGAUUGACUUGAAAAGUUUGAAUCUUUCUGUACUAAUAUUUGAUUAGAUCUGUUAAGUUUGGUUAUUUUAUGAUCUGGGUUUAGUUUCAGCUACUGGGUUGGUUGUGUUACUUGUUUAUAGCAGGAUUGUAUUGAAAGGGACAGUAAAUUAAAGUUUUGGUUUUUGAGGGAGAUAUAGAGAGAGUUGGUGAGGGGACCAUAUUUGUAAUAAGCUUUGAUUUGUGAUUAUUGAGAGAUGGGGAGUCAGUGCACUAAGCUUACUCCUUGUUGCUUAGAUUCACAGUUCAAGGCAGCUGUUGUUGAAGUUCCCAGUGUUGGAGAUGAAGAGAAGAGUGAGGUUAAUGACUUGCCUACAUUCCGGGAAUUCACAUUUGAGCAGCUGAAAAAUGCAACAUCUGGUUUUGCAGUAGAAAAUAUCGUGUCUGAGCAUGGGGAGAAGGCUCCUAACGUUGUUUACAAAGGGAAGCUGGAAAAUCAGAGAAGGAUUGCUGUUAAACGAUUCAAUAGAAUGGCUUGGCCUGAUGCUCGACAAUUUUUGGAGGAAGCAAGAUCUGUUGGCCAGCUACGGAACAAUAGAUUGGUAAAUUUGCUUGGUUGCUGUUGUGAAGGUGAUGAGAGGCUGCUUGUAGCAGAAUUUAUGCCCAAUGAGACACUUGCUAAACACCUUUUCCAUUGGGAAACGCAACCUAUAAAAUGGGCGAUGAGAUUAAGAGUUGUUCUACAUCUUGCAGAAGCUCUAGAAUACUGCACAAGUAAAGGGCGUGCCCUUUACCAUGACCUUAAUGCCUAUAGAAUUUUGUUUGAUGAGGAUGGUAAUCCAAAACUAUCAAGCUUUGGCCUCAUGAAAAACAGCAGGGAUGGAAAAAGUUAUAGUACGAAUCUAGCUUUUACUCCUCCAGAGUAUUUGAGAACUGGGAGAGUAACUCCAGAGAGUGUAAUAUAUAGCUUUGGCACUCUUUUGCUUGACCACCUCAGUGGAAAGCAUAUCCCCCCAAGCCAUGCCCUUGACUUGAUACGGGAUAGAAAUCUUCAGAUGUUGACAGAUUCUUGCUUGGAAGGACAGUUUUCCAAUGAUGAUGGGACUGAGUUAGUACGCUUGGCUUCUCGAUGUUUGCAGUAUGAACUCCGAGAACGACCAAGUCUGAAAUUCUUAGUUGCUGCUUUGACUCCUCUUCAGAAGGAAACUGAUGUUCCUUCUCAUAUCUUGAUGGGAAUCCCGCAUAGUGCUUCAUCCUCACCUUUGUCACCAUUCGGCGAGGCUUGCUUAAGAAAGGACCUGACAGCCAUACAUGAGAUCUUAGACAAUAUUGGAUAUAAAGAUGAUCAAGGAGUGGCAAAUGAGCUCUCAUUCCAGAUGUGGACAGACGAAAUGCAGGAAACAUUAAAUACAAAGAAAAAGGGUGAUGCUUCUUUCAAGCAGAAGGACUUUAGAGUUGCAAUUGAGUGUUACACUCAGUUCAUUGAUGUGGGAACUAUGGUUUCCCCAACUGUUUUUGCACGGCGGAGUCUGUCCUAUCUCAUGAGUGACAUGCCUCACGAAGGUCUAAGUGAUGCAAUGCAAGCCCAAGUCAUUUCCCCUGUAUGGCACGUGGCAUCUUAUCUUCAGGCUGUUGCUCUUGCUACACUUGGAAUGGAAAAUGAAGCACAUGCAGCACUCAAGGAGGGUACAAAUAUUGAAGCCAAGAAGAAUGCGGACUCUGGACAAAAGUGAAAUUUAAAAUGCUUUCUGGUGGCUGAUGAAUCUCCUCAACCCUAUCUUAUUGUGGUGUUAUUUUUAUGAAGAUAACCAUGUGGCAUUGAUUGUGGGAUCCUUACUUCCAUGGACAUCAGGGCAGUGAAAGCUUUAGUCAACUCUAUAUUGCUGUCAAAGAAAGCAAUUCUUUUUUCGGAUGAAUUUUUUAUGACGAUAUCUUGGAGUUGAGGUGUCUCAAAAUAUGUUUUUUGGGUAGGCUUUGGCGUUUCUUUCUUGUAGGUAUGCAAGUUCUUUCAUUCUUUGUGUGGUUUGCUCCAUUAUGUAAGUAGUAGGAUUCCAAAAUUUGUCCUGCCACUUCCAUUAUAAACAGGGGAAAAAAGUUAUUUAUUUUGAGGAGAAAAGAAGUUAAUGAGAUGGAAAAAAACACUGACAAGAUUGUAAUUUGUGUAAA